CUGUCAUCUUCCUUUCCUUCCUCGGGGGUCGAAUCUCAUCUCAUGUACACAGCCGAACAAGAAGGAGGAGGAGGAAAUCACUGGAGGAAAUAUGGAACAGGCAAUCACCGUCUUUCACAAGGAUGAGAACCUCGAGCAAAAGGAGGUCGUCAUACCCAAAAAGCCUAAAAGGGGCCCGCUUAGUAUUCCGGAGCAAUUGACCCUGAUCGAAAUUUGCAGAAAACAUGCGAAAUACACUGCAAUCACCAGUUAUACGAAAAAUUUCUGGGUCCAUAUUGAGAUCGAACUUGAGAGGGAAAUCGGUCGCCGCUAUUCGCACUAUUCAUGCCGUCGUCGAAUAACCGACUUCAUCUCGCUACGAAGGUCGUAUCGGCAAAUGGUUGAACUGGGGCUCAAUCCUCAUUAUCAUGAUAUGCCGGAGCAAGUAUGCUCGCUCCUAGAUGAUUGGAUGAAUGAAAACGAUUUAGAAGAGUUAGACAAGCAGAUUAAGAAGCAGAAGGCAAUUGCCCAGCUGAAAAUAGACACCCAUGUUUCGCAAUCCGCCAAGAUUCAACGAGUUCUCGACUGGAUCAAGAAUGUCCCGGACCCAGAACCUCAGAGUGCACCCUCCAGGCCUCCGUCGCCCCCCGGUCUAGCGCUUCAGUUGCUGGCUUCUCAGAAUGUCGGAUCGUCUCGACAUCAUGCCUCUGAACUCUCAACCCACGACAUUGUGAAACCCGCAUACAGACCCGCCACGUCCAUGGGUCGGGAUAAACUGCCUAUUAAGCAAGAACCGUCAUCGCCAGCUCACAAGCAAGAACCUCUGCUACCUCCGAGCCAGCCCAAACCACCCUCAACACCUCAAGAUCCUUACAACUCUAUGAUCGGCAAGAAAAGACCUCGGGAGGACCAUGAAUUCGUACCUGAUCGGUCCGCCCAACGCCUCCGGACAUCGCAAAUCGGUCUAGCCUUAAAUAAGCCUUCUCCGUUGAAAGAACAACUGCCUGGAGUCGUUCCGGAAAACACGCAAUCCACAACGGACACCAUCUUCAACAAAUUCUGGGAAAUUAUGCUACCAUAUUUUACCGAACGAGCGAUAAAGGAGGGUCCAAGCAUCGCCAAAUCCGAGUCUAUCAUGCAUGACCUCUUUAAAGAAGUCGGGUCUGCCCUCACACGUGCAUUUGUGAAACUCGAGCAGGGCGGACGACGACCUUGACCUCUUCAGCCUCGGUUUCCUAUCUUUCAUAUUUAUUUAUGCCCCCUUGUAUCUCUUAUUUCACUUGACGUCUUUUCCUCUUUCAGCUGUUUGUCAUCCAUGCGUGUUGCUUUUUUUUUUUUUUUUUUUUUUUUUUUUUU